AGAAAUUAGAUGUACCGCCAGUAGGAGUGUUAAUUGCCUUUCUCUACCGUUUAUUGGUUGUUGUGUUAUGAGGAUCAGAAUCCUAGUUUUCCUACUUUCACCGACCGCAUCUCACGGUCAGAAACAUCUUGAAAUUAGUCUUGCUGCAGCUUGCUCCGAAUCUUGCUAACGCGCCUUCCGCGCUUCUUGCUCAACGCUUAUGCGUCUUGCUCCUCAGCUUGCGUUGCUCGCCGAAUCUUGCUAGUGUACUUGCUAAUAAACUCAUGCGAUGACCUUGUGUUGUGUUGCGUAAUCGCCAUGGGAUGAUCGUGCAUCUCCCAUCAUUGCCACCAUGUAAACGGUAGUCAGCUUCCGGUCAGCAUCGCUGCCGACCGUGCCAGCCUUUCCCACACUAACAGCCGACAGAUCGUGGUAAGGUGGAUUAACCAACCCACUAGAACAGCAGUCAAACCGGCUGCUGUUACAUGGCGCUCCUGGUUUCCGAACCAACCCGACAGGAUACCAGGAAGCCGACCGACGCCAUCAUUUUGCCAGUUGUCGUUCAACCCGGUUGAGAUUACAACGGCUAACCAACGGGAUGAUGACUACGACUACAAUAGUCAUCGGUCAGUACGUGCACAACGCCACUAUGCACCUGACCAGCAAAAUAUUACAAUGGAACGUGGUUUUGACCGUUACCGCGACGCCGACGACUAUCGAUACGAGCACCACACUCCAAAGCAAAGGAACUGUUCCCAAAAUUACCGAAGAAUCCAUCCUCGACAUAUCGACUUCGACAGCUACAGACUGAAGAAUGGAAAGCUAUUUUGCCCGAAAUGCAAAGAUUUCCUGCAUUCAUAUCGAGAAUGCACAGAAGCCGACUACGACGAUAAAUACAGUAUUCAACGCAUAUGCCCGGACCAUGUCAAAGCCAGAGUACAAACUGCAUAUGACGACUACAUCUCCUACAUGCUCUGGAAAUAUGGAGACGACUUUUGGUUCACCGCUCAAGGAAAACGGAUGAGACGUUACGGAAAAGGAGGUCCAUAUGGACGUGACUACGUUCCACCUGUCUGCUACACUGAAGCCGAAGUUAAAUUAUAUAACCCUCAACGGGAUGCCACUACACCACGAAGUACACGAACAUUAGGCCAGCGUGUACGGAUGCCGACUGUGCAUUUCAAUGUGUCCGAACCGCUAAUUCCUCGGACACCGUACAUUAAAACUGAUCGCCGUCACUCUUCCAGUGCGAGUCCAAGUUACAACAAUGACUCACAGUAUCAGCCCACUACGUCAACACCAGAACCUUUGGAAACAUUAAGCCCUACACCGCUCGCCGGCACCAGGAACAACCCGCCGCCACUUUCCAUCAUAAAGUCUACAGUGGACACAAUGGAUGCCACCGUGACCGCUUCGCCGUCUCGCCGCGACCAGCCGACGUUGCGAAAAGUUAAUUCGAAAGCAUCGUUAUCACCGCUGAAUACAACAAGACCUGAAGUGCUAACGCCAUCCAGCUGCACUUCCUCUGAUUCAUGCAUCUCACCUUCCGAUUCUGAAUCGCCGGUAAAUGAUCCCUACAAACCGCAACCGGCAUGCGAUUUAACCAGUUGUACAAUGGAAAACAUUAAAACGGAGAAAGCCGGUACACCACAAAACGGCUAUGAUUUCGUCACAAUCCCAAAUGUGCAUAAAAUUAAAACUGCAAAUGUGUCAUAUUACUGCGCCAUGUGCUACACCAUGCACGCCACAAUGCGGACAAUAUCGAAGCGCAUAUGGCACGACAUAUAUUGA